AUGUCAACCGUUGUCAAAUUCCCUGGACAGAUUUCUGCGUAUCUAUUUCUCUCCCGAGGAGCAAUCGGAUGGGUGUUCCAAAUCAAUGAUCACAUUGCUCUCAAAUAUGCUCGGACGCCGGAUUCUGAAGAAUUCGCCAAAGAGAAUAACAUGUUUGAUAUUUUCGAGAAGAAUCCACAACCACACUGCCCGUAUGUCAUUCGAAGCUUCCUACGCCUCCCAAACGCCAACUUCCUCGCCUUUAUGAGCGGUGGGUCUCUCGACGACCGCUUGAAGUCAAAUCAGAUCCGCGAUGAACCUUUUGGGCGGGUCCUUCGUGUGACAAAGAAGGAGCCAGUCAAGCUGGUAGAGCAGUGGCUCAGGGAGCUCUGCAGUGCGGUGGUCUGGCUAGAGUCUCUAGGCUACGUCCACGGCGACCUACGCCCGAGCAACCUUCUCCUAGAUAGAGACCAUCUCAAGCUAGCGGACUUCGACUGUGCCGAGAAGAUUGGUGAACCUUCGAGCGGGAAUGGCGCCCCAUGGGCUCGGCUGCUAGGCGAAGAUGCCGAUGAUGUAGGGGGUGAGAGGGGCUCGUAUGGGGUCAACGGGGCGAGAACCGAACAGUUUGCCAUCGGGUCUAACCUCUACUGCAUGCUAUAUGGCUUCGAACCUUCCCAGAGCUACAAGAUAGGCGUUUGGACUCUAUCAUCGACCGGUGCUGGAGAGGGCGCUAUCAGCAGUUGA